UUUGUGUGUUCAGAGACGUGUUUCUCCUUGCAUGAUUGCUUUUCUCUCCACACUCCUGUUCAGACGUGUUGUGUCCCACCACCAACUCACUCUCCAAGUAUGCUCACCUGCCAGGCAGCACCAGGUCAGUUUGGUCCAGAGGUCCGGGAGCCGGGCCUCCGUGUGUGGAGGGUGGAGAAAAUGAAGGCAGUCCCGCUGGAUUCCUCCGAGGUAGGAGCCUUUUUCAACGGGGACUCGUACCUGGUGCUGGAGAACCGUGGUCAACAGGGAGCCGACCUCCACAUGUGGAUAGGUGAGAAGUCGUCUCGGGACGAGCAGGUGGCGUGUGCCAUGCUGGCCACCCAGCUGGACCACUUUCUGGGUGGUGACCCCGUUCAGCACAGGCAGGUUCAGGGUUACGAGUCCCCGGAGUUCAUGGUCCUCUUCCCCAGGGGGGUCAGCUACAAGGUGGGCGGUGUGGAGUCGGGCUUCAGGAGGCCUCAGGGUUCUGGGACCGUGCAAAGGUUGUACCAGAUCAAAGGGAAACGCAACAUCCGUGCCAAGGAGGUGGAGCUGUCGUGGAGCAGUUUCAACAAAGGAGACUGCUUCAUCCUUGACCUCGGAGAUACCAUUGUGUCAUGGAUCGGGUCGCAGGCCAACAUGUUCGAGAAGCAGAAAGUGCGUGAGAUCGCCUCGCUGAUUCGUGACACCGACAGACACGGCAAAGCCCGGAUUGUGGACACCAGCGAGGGGGAGGAGCCGCAGGAGAUGCUCAAGGUCCUGGGACCGGUGCCAGCGCUGGCAGAGAGCACGCCAGAAGAGGACAGCAAAGCGGACGUUUCAAAUACUGCGUCCCUCUACAAGGUGUCUGAUGCGACGGGUUCCAUGACGAUGACCAAAGUGUCGGAGAAGAGCCCGUUUGCAAAGGAGACGCUGGUUCGCGACGACUGCUUCAUUCUGGACAAUGGCGCCAACGGAAAGAUCUUUGUCUGGAAAGGUAACGGAGCGAAUGCUGCGGAGAAGCAGGUGGCCCUACAGAUGGCGGAUAACUUCAUUGAACAAAUGAACUACCCCAGGAUGAAAACACAGGUGGAGAUACUGCCACAAGGGAAGGAGACCAUCAUCUUCAAGCAGUUCUUCAAGAGCUGGAACUAAACAUUUCACGCAAACACUUGACAAAUCCUGCACUCGAUUAGAAGAAGCUGCACAUCUGACAAACAGACAACAUCUGAUACAAAAUACAUAUAUAUUUGUAAGGUACCGUGCUGAUGGAGCACACUGUAGCUUGUUUCAGACUUUUAUAUAUGCAAACAAGUGUCUUCUGGUGAGAUUAUAAAGAUAUGAAGAGAUAUAUAAGAAGAACCUUAGGGUAAAUGAGUUUGGAUAGGUUUUUUUUUUACAUUUGUUCUAGUGUCACAGGUUUUCCUGCAUUUGAAAAAUAAAUCUGAAUCUACUUGUA